AUGGACAGCCAAAAGCAAUUCACCGGACCAGAAAUCCAGUUUCUGCUUUCCUGCUCCGAAGCCGAUGAGAAUGAGAUGAUCAACUUUGAGGAGUUCGCCAACCGCUUCCAGGAGCCGGCCCGCGACAUAGGCUUCAACGUGGCUGUGCUGCUGACCAACCUGUCGGAGCAUGUGCCGCACGACCCGCGCCUGCGCAACUUCCUGGAGCUAGCUGAGAGCAUCCUGGAGUACUUCCGGCCCUACCUGGGCCGCAUCGAGAUCAUGGGCUCCUCGCGCCGCAUCGAGCGUAUCUACUUCGAGAUCUCUGAGACCAACCGGGCCCAGUGGGAGAUGCCGCAGGUGAAGGAAUCCAAGCGCCAGUUCAUCUUCGACGUGGUCAACGAGGGCGGAGAGGCGGAAAAGAUGGAACUCUUCGUGAGCUUCUGCGAGGACACCAUCUUCGAGAUGCAGAUCGCCGCACAGAUCUCGGAGCCCGAGGGCGAGCCUGAAGCUGACGAGGAAGAGGGCGCCGCUGAGGAGGGCGCCGAGGAGGGUGCGGCGGGCCCCGAGGGAGCGGCGGGCACGGCGGCGGCGGGCGCCACGACGCGGCUGUCGGCGCUCGCGGCCCGGGCGCUGCGCGGCCUCAGCUACCGCAGCCUGCGGCGGCGCGUGCGGAGACUGCGGCGGCUGACGGCGCGGGAGGCGGCUACCGCCCUGGCCGCGCUGCUCUGGGCCGUGGUGGCGCGCGCGGGCGCGGCGGGCGCAGGGGCUGCGGCGGGGGCGCUGCACCUGCUCUGGGGGUCGCUCUUCGGCGGUGGUCUGGUGGAGGGUGCCAAGAAAGUGACAGUGACCGAGCUGCUGGCCGGCAUGCCCGACCCCACGGGGGAUGAGGUGCACGGCGAGCAGCCAGCGGGCCCCGGCGGCGACGCAGACGGCGCGGGCGAGGGCGAAGGCGAGGGCGACACGGCGGAGGGUGCCGGCGACGAGGAGGUGGCAGGUCACGAGGCUGGGCCAGGCGGCGCUGAGGGGGCAGUAGCUGUGACCGAAGGGGGCCCCUUCCGGCCCGAGGGCCCUGGCGGCCUCGGGGACAUGGGUGACACCACACCAGUGGAGCCACCCACGCCCGAGGGCUCGCCCAUCCUCAAGAGGAAGCUGGGGGUGGAUGGAGAGGAGGAGGAGGAGCUGAUUCCAGAACCCGAACCAGAGCCAGAGCCAGAGCCAGAGAAGGCAGAGUGA